UUUUUUGUCAAUUGUGAGCAUUACCAGCAAAUGCCCUCUUCUUUAGAGGCAAUGAUUCAAAACAUGAUACAAGCGGGUAUUCCACAAGCACAAAUGAUGCAAUUAUUGCAAACAAUGCAGGCUACAGCCACAAAUAACAACAAUAUUUCUUCUCCAGCAAUUAACGGCACAACUAACUCCGCCACUAAUAGUUCAAGUGGCGGAGGUCACCAAACUGUUAAUCAAGCACAUCAACAUUUUUCAUUAGCUAAUAAUCAACAUCAACAAACUGCCAAUCAAUCCGCAGUAGUAGCGUCAAGUGGCGGUGGAAAUGGAGGAUCUACUGCGGCAGUAAAUACGGCAGGUGCACAUCAAGUUGCUGCUGCCGCCGCUGCAAGUCUUCAGGUGAAUAAAUAA